ACGACACACGACAACGACGCUGCAUCGGAACCAACAGAUCAGGCGUCGCGGCCUCGAUCACUGCUCUUGCCACGCCCUGCUGCGGUGUCGGUGCGAGCUCGCGGUUGGCUUGGGCCAUCGAAGCCAGCGUUCUAGUAUCGAACGCGUAGAGUCGGUGUUGAUACAGGCGCCGAGGUUGGCGCGCGGAAGUGGCGAAAAAUUGCGUCCCAACGACCAAGGCGGCGCGUCCGGCGAACUCACGCCUUGCCCUGGCGCUGUGCCCAGCCUCGUUGACGAUCGGCAUUCCGACCUGUCUUCAAUUCGCUUGCAUCGUCCUGCUGCGCUAUGAAAUGCCGUCAAUUCGUGCCGCUGGUUGCUAAUUCGUUACUGGGUACGCGAAUCGGGGCUGGUGUUGGGACACGAGGCGCAAAAUAUGCCUUUUCGCCGCCGACAUUUGCGUAUAUAAUACCGUUUGAGUGUCCCAGAUACAAUCUCCAAGUGAUAGAAACACUCGACAGGCGAGAGGCAAGUGCGAACAUGCGUCGACGCCGGGGUGACCCGUCCUUCCCGCUGCCAUGGCGCGCGCUCGUGCUCAUGCUCAUGCUGGCGCUGCCUGCGUACGCCCAGGUGACCAUCUUCGCGCGGCCGGGCUUCGUCGGCGAGCGCCGCGACCUGCCGCUCGGCGCCAAGAGCAGCGAGGUGCUGCCGGACUGGAACCAGUCCAUCUCGUCCGUGGCCGUCGUCGCCGGCUACGAGUUUGUGACCUUUGAUGGCCCGGAUAGCCAAGGCAACAUGGCUCUCUGGCGCUACAACACGUCUGUCAUGGGCCGCUGGGACCGCAGCGUCGAGUCGUUCCUCGUCCGGGCAUCAACCGAGUCGACCGCGCUCUCGGCCGUGACGGCCAACUGGAAGUGCAUGGAGCGCGAGCCGCCGACGGCACCGACGCUCUACAUGCGCGUGGCCAUCGUUCCCCAGAGCCACGAGGUCGGGUGCUUCUCGACGGACGCGGUCAACUGCGUCUUCUACAACACGAUGGCCGACUGCGCGGCGCGGAUCACGUCGGUCGCCACGCUCCGCGCUGCGCUCUGCGGCGCGACCCACAUGAGCUUUUGGGGCAGCACGGGCUACGAGCAAAACACAACGUGGUGCUCCGUGGCCAAAGCCAUGUUCAUCCGCAACGCGACCUCGACCGGCGACGUGCCCGCGUCGUUUCUCUGGCAAUGCUCGCCGAUCAAGAACUCGUGGAUCGCGCUCCGCGUGCUGAGCCCCAACCAGUGCUACUCGACCGACAGCCGCCUCUGCACCCCGUUCGGGACGCUCGACCAGUGCCAGGCCAGCAUCCAGGGCAUGGUCGACUUUGCGAGCGACGAGUUUGUGCUCACUUGUUCCUCAAUCGCCCAGUGCGUCAUGGACGCCCAGCGUCCACGCGAAACGCCGGCCGCGGCAGUCAAUUGGCCGUGGAUCAUUGCCGGCGUCGGGCUCUCGCUGCCGGUUUUUUGCGGCCUUGCGGCCUGGCACAUGCUGCGGAAGAAGCCGCUGCCGACCAACAGUCACAUCUUUGACACCGAGUCGACGCUCUGUUCGAGCUACAACAGCGAGCGCUCGCAAGCAAUCUAACCUCCUUUGUCGUACCACUGCGCGCCCGUUCGGACUGAAAUGAUGGGACCGAAGCAGUCCGCCUCCCCUCGCCCUCUCAAUAGCCAGGAUAAUAUAUACCUUUAGUGUACCUGUUGAUACAUAAUGUCAUUUUGGUGCCCAAUCGACA